AUGGAAGAUGAUGUGAUGGAUGUGGUAGCUUCAACACAACCUCAAAUGCUCCCAUUCAUCCCAUCCUCUGCCGCGCUGAAGCCAGUGGCACAACGUCUUCUCCGAGGCGUGAAUCCUCAAUACCGGCUUCAUAGUGAUAACCUUAUUGCCUUGGUCUGCCUAAUCAGCUCUUUGAAACUUUCCAAGUCAACUUGGGGUGCAGGUUUGCACUACGGCUCCCUUGAAGAAUACAGUCCCCAGAAAGAGGAGUUAGUGAAUAUACUACUCCGACCAUUUUGUCUUGACCAUGAAGGCUUUAUCACCCCCAAGUCAAUGCUUCAAGGCCUCGAUUUUUUGAUGGAAUCUAACCUUCUAUGA